AACAUGUAACUCCAUUUGAGAUCUUAUGAAUCUAAUGUUUACAGGCGGUUCAAUUUGAUUGUAAAUAUUUAUUUGCAAUAUACUCAAAAUAUGUGCAAAGUGGGAUACAUUUCAACAAAGUAAGGACGAGACCUGCAAUCAAGUAUUGGUCUCGAACCAUUGCAUUGAAGAUUUUGGAAUUAUUUAAACGCGAAACAAGGUUUAUAUAAUGGACGUGAAGGCGGCAUUAGUUUCCGGUUUAACAUCCGACCCUCGCCGACUUCCAGUCUGGUAUCGUUACGACAAUCAGGGGUCAAUAUUUGACGACCUCUAUUCGUCAGAAAAUAAAGAUUAUUAUUUCUAUUCGUUGGAGACCGAGGUUCUUUCCAACAAUGUGCAGGAGAUUGUCAGCGAAAUUGUGUCUCCUUGUUUCUUUGUUGACCUUGGAAGCGGGAAUUCAGAGAAGUCCAGAAUGAUAAUAGACGCUAUUUUACGGGAGCAAACGGUACUAAACUACAUCCCAGUGGACAUUUCAUCAGAGUUUCUUAAGGAUGUGUCGAACUCUCUGUCAAGAGACUAUGGAGACUGCUUGCAAGUGACGCCAGUUCCAAGAGACUACAGUGAAGGCAUUUCGUACCUCCGGUCGAUUUCAGAUGCAAAACUUAUUCUUUGGCUAGGAGGGCUACACAGUCUACCUUAUGAUAAGCAGUUGGACACAUUAAGUCAGCUGGCGAAGUCUAUGUCAGGACAGGACAGACUUGUUGUGUCCUUGGACAUGACACAGGAUGCAGAAAUUGUCAUAAAAGCCUACCUUCCUCCAACAGGUUCUGGUCAGAAUCUGUACUCUAAUGCCCUCUGGCGUUUAAAUCGGGAAUACGGAAGUGACGUCAAAACCGACAACUUCCGGUUGGAAGGCAGAUUCAAACGUUCUGAAGAAGGAUGCAGCGGCAUAAUCGUAAAAGCAGUUUCAAACACAAAUCAACAUAUACACAUACCAGGCCUUCACCUGAGCUUUGACCUACUGGAAGGGGAGGGUAUCUACCUUCACGAGGGAGAAUACCUAUCGUGCAAGUACACGGAGACUCAGGUCCGCGCCCUCACGGAAAAGGCUGGACUGACGCUCAACCGCAUGUGGACAGACGCCGGCCGCCGUGUUGGCAUAUUCUGCUUUACUUCAAAACUUUCCAAUAUCAGCUCAUAGCUAUAAAAGAAAAAAAGUUGAUGCAUAGCAUCAAGUCAGCGCAAUCAAACUGGAAGAAAAACGUGCAUGAGGAUAACCAAAAAUGGUUAUUAAUUCAAUGAUAAUUUUUUUUUUAUGUUGGGUGUUGGUAUGUUCGAAGGACAUUAAUAAUAUUGUUACAAUAGCUUAGGCCCAGAA